AUGUCUAUGCCUGUAAUGUCAAUUUGGGUCUCAGAUUGCAUCUCGAUGUUUCGGUGUUAGGGCAUCCUCACUCCUCUCCAAACGCAGAAGACUCACACUAUGUGGUUGUCGUAGGACGCAGCUAUUAUUUUACUUGAAACAACAAUGAAAGUGCACCUACCUACAGUAGGCAUUGAAUCAGUUUUUCUGAGGAUAGCCCAUUGCCAGUAAAAGGCAAGCCAGCCUACCGGAGAGACCAAACCAGGAGCAUCCGUGCACUUUCCCGUGCACUUUCCGAGGUAGCCUAUUCUCGGGCAGCAUGCUGCCUAGGCUAUUGUAAAUGCACUGACAGUGCAGGCACCAACAAUUUUUCUCAUUCCAUUUUAACCGUAACGUUAUAACUUCUGGAACUACAUCUAACGGACCUCGCGGAUUUAAUUUGGCGAUUUACUUGACAGAAGGAAAUUGUUUGCUUAGACCUACAUUUUUAACAUAGGCUACCGAUCUUGGGCUCAUCAUCAUAUUUGAAAUAUGUUCAGGAAGUGUUUGGUCGAGUUCUUGAAAUUUUCAAUUCUGGUGCGUGUGUUGGUGUCUCAUGAAUGUACGCCAUGUGAUCUCCGGACGUGUCCCCCGAAAGCCUGCGAGAGCGGUCGGACUCUGGCCAGGGACCCGUGCGGAUGCUGCGAUCAGUGUACCCGGAUGGAGUGGGAGCCAUGCGCCGGCCAGGACUGGGCACUGGGCUACUGCGCCUUGGGACUAACCUGCGCGGCUGUCAACCAAACGGGAGCUGUAACGCUCCCUGAUAUAGGAGUUUGUAAAGUUCUGCCUCACAGUCCGGAGGCUGGGUUGGAGGAUGAGCGCUGCCCCCUGCAGACAGGCUGUGACAGGGCCGGGGCCAUGUGUGUGUGUGACGCCCGUCACUCCUGCCUGGGCUCCUUCAGCUACCCUGACAUGGAAUCUUGCAUGAGGGCCAGCAAGACGGAAGGCCGUAGACAUGAGCACCAGGAGAGGCAGAGGGAGAAGUUUGUGGGACCCUCCGACCCAGCCUGCAUGUUUUCUGGGUGCAACCUGACAGCACAGGGCUGUGUGUGUGAAUCCCAGAGCUGCCGCUAUCACUCCUCCUACAUCAACCGCAGCCAGUGCCAGGAGGCCGCAGAGGAGCUGAAGUGUGCUGCGACCACAUGUCCUGCUCUGCCGGUACCUUCCUGUCCUGAGGGCUCGGUUCUGACCAAGAGCUACACUCCCCCUGCUGGCUGCUGCCCCACUGUGCCCCCCCAGUGCACCUGUGACCUCCGCGCGUGCCACAAGCCCCAGUGCCCCUCCGGCCAGAAGACUGUACCACUCAGUCAGGCCACCGGCAAGCCAGGAGACUGCUGUGACAUGUUCAAGUGCCAGAAAGUUUCUCCCAAGUGUGUCCACAACGGGAAGGAGUUUUCAGAGGAGGAGGUGUACCGUAUGGACACGUGCUGGCUCUGCCAGUGCCGAGGAGGGAUAUCCUUCUGCUCCAAAGCAGAAUGUGCAGAACUCGACUGUGAGAACUUCUACAUCCCGGAGGGAGAAUGCUGCCCAGUAUGCAUAGAUGUGGAGCUCCUGUCUAUGGACAGCACGGAGGCCAGCUGCUGGGUGAACAACAAGCUGCGUGGCCACGAGGAGCAGUGGAAGGAGGAUGACUGCACCUUCUGUCAGUGUGUGGAUGGAGACCCUCACUGUACCGCCAUGGCCUGCAAACAGAGCUGCCAGAACCCAGUCAAGAUCCCAGGAGAAUGCUGCCCCUUCUGCGAGGAGCCUUCGUAUGAGACAGUGAGCCCCAUGCUGUGUCCUCGUCUGGAAAACUGCUCUCGAUCAGGGAAAGACUGUCCCUAUGGCUUCCAGCAGGACAACAACGGCUGCCUGCUCUGCCAGUGCCUCAACCAUGAAUCCUGCCCUGACCUGGGGGCAUAUUGCUCCCUGCAAUGCCCCAUGGGAUACGAGAAGGAUAACUUUGGCUGCGAGGUGUGUGAAUGCAGCUCUCCAAUGCCCAAGUGCCGACCCCUGACCUGCAGCAAGACCUGUCCUUACGGAUAUGUGAGGAAUAAGCACGGCUGUGAGAUGUGUCGCUGUAUCAAGUGUCCCCCCUUCACCUGUGACAAGAACUGCAGCGAUGGCUACCGGCAGAACAGGAAGGGCUGCUCCAUCUGCAUGUGCAAAGAGAGUGACCACCUGCCAAGCACCACUGCCCCCGCCCCCAUGCCCAGCUACUGCCUGACCUCCAACAGGCACCGCUAUGAGGAGGGCGAGAGCUGGCACGAUGGCUGCCGAGACUGCUACUGCCUUGCUGGGAGAGAGAUGUGUGUGCUCAUAUCCUGCUCUGUGCCCAGUUGUCCCAACCCCGUGGUCAGGCCUGACCAGUGCUGUCCCACUUGUGAAGAUGAGUCAGGCAGUGGUCAGGCAGAGGGCAUGGACCUGGUGGUGUGUCGAGCCCCUGGGGGGAAACUCUAUGUGGAGGGAGAGACCUGGAACCUGGACGACUGUACACGCUGCACCUGCAGGAAGGGCCGCGUCCUGUGCGACACUGAAGUGUGUCCCCCUGCUGUGUGUCAGGCCCCAACCAGGAACAGGGACACCUGUUGCCAUGUCUGCCCAGAGGACAAGCAGGGUCCCCAGCUCCCGGUGAGCACCAGUCAGCAGGAGUACUGUAUCUCCAGCGAGGGAGAUGUGCUUUUGGCUGGGGACACCUGGAAGGCUAAUGCCUGCACCAGCUGCACCUGCAACAAUGGAACCAUUCAGUGUUUCUCCCAGCGCUGCCCGCCUGCCAACUGCAGGGUGCCCGUCCUGCGCAAGGGCCAGUGCUGCCCUCACUGUCUGGAAAUGACAACAACGUCUGUUCCAAUGAUGGUGUCGACCAAGGCCCCCAAGACCAGGGUUACUAACACAGUGGACAAUACAGUCUGGAUCACCACUGUCCCUUUGCCUCCUAUCAUUGCUGCUACAGAUGGUAACAACCUGGGAGGGAACAUCCCCAGUCAAACUGAGAUGGCUCUCAUCUACCAAUCAGCUGCCUGGAUACUGGCCGGUCUCCUCCUGGCCAUCGUCAUCUUCCUCAUUGUGGCAGUCCUCAUUAACAAGAAGAAAAAGUGGGUGCAGAUGUCGUGCUACAGCGCCCCCAAGAAGACUGUGAUCCUGAAGAAGCAUGCGAAUAAGAACUCGGUGGUGUACAUGGAACCUUCAAAGGAGAACAAGUUCCAGAGCGUGAAGAAUGACUGUGGCAUCAACUUCUCCCCAGAGAUGAGCUCACCAUGUGGGGAGAGGAUGCUCAUCCCCCGGGCCAAGCUGAGUACGGGCCAGGGCAGGGGACAGCGCUAGACCCCCCUCCCCCUAAACACCAACCCCCGUUCACCAGACCCCCAAACUCUACGCUGCCCAAAGGGCUACCAAGCACCACCUCUUCUCUCUUUCUCACAUUUUCAUGGUGACAAUCCACAACAAUGCAAUGCAACUGCCUGUUGCUUUAUCAUACUGCUGGUACAGUGAGGAGAGACUGGGGAGGCAGGAGGAUGUGGCCAUUAUGGGACUUUGCCAUACAGUUCACCACAGACAGAGUGACAGUAAGCCAGCGAGGCUACUAGUCAGCCAGAGAGGCUGCUAGUCAGCCAGAGAGGCUGCUAGUCAGCCAGAGAGGCUACUACUAGUCAGCCAGAGAGGCUACUACUAGUCAGCCAGAGAGAGCUCUGAAAUGUGAACAUGAUCAUCAUCACUUCUCACCUCCUCUGGAACUAGAACAUGAAACUAAUAAGAGGAAUAUAACAGCUUCAGGACAGGGGUUUGGGUUCUAGUCGAGGGUCUCUAGUUUGCUGUUUUCUAUGUGCCGCAGCACAGCAAUCAAUUCAUGAACAAUUGUUUUAGUGAUGCCAAUUUAGCCGGUCUUCCAGUUGUAAUCAAAAUUGGAUGGGAGGGUAAGUCAAUUAUCAGAUGAAUGGCUAGUUCCAUGACUCGCUCCUCUCCCCAGUCAAUGACUUUGAGCAGCAUCAGAACCCAGCAGACUAUGGCCCAGAAAAAUAAAGAAACCCAAACUCCUGCUUUA